CCAAGUUUCACUUUCGCCAAAAUUUUCUGCUUCUUCUAAGAUCUGUUUUCUUCCCCUUAAACCCGCACGAACGUUUCAUCUAUUAUUAAAAAUUUGCCUAUUAUGCGAUUUAUUAAAUCACGACAUUUAAUACCACGCAGUUCCUCUCAAAUAUCAGGCAUAUGAUUAUGUCUUAAGCCUGGUGAAUAAGAUUAUUAAUUAGUAUAAUAAAUAGUAGUACAAUCUAAUCUCUCUCUCUCCACUAGGAGAAGGCAGGCUAUUUUUAUUUGGACAACUCCGUGAGGUGAAGUGAGUCAACUCGGCUGAGUCACCAUCAUGGGCUGCUGUCUGUCGAAGAAGCAUCAGCCGUCGCGGCCGGCGGAGAAGGAUCAGUGGCAACAGCAGCAGCAGCAGCAGCACCGUCGCUCCUCAUCCGUUAACGGCGCCUCCGCCGCCGGAUUCGCGGAGUUCUCGCUGGCGGAGCUGAGGGCCGCCACCAGCAACUUCAGCUCCGACAACAUCGUCUCGGAGAGCGGUGAAAAAGCUCCCAAUGUCGUCUACGAGGGUCGUUUGGAAAACCAGCGGUGGAUCGCCGUCAAGAAAUUUACCAAGAUGGCGUGGCCUGAUCCUAAACAGUUUGCUGAAGAGGCAAAGGAAGUGGGGAAGCUGAGGCACAAGCGGCUGGCUAAUCUGAUAGGGUAUUGUUGUGAUGGGGAUGAGAGGCUUCUUGUUGCUGAGUUUAUGCCUAAUGAGACGCUGGCUAAGCAUUUAUUUCACUGUUGGAGUCAUCCAUGUGACUGUUCUGAAACUUUGCUUGGGAAACCUAACCGUUUUGUUCUUGCGGAUGGUCUGCGAAUUCUUAAAAAGAGGCUUGAAGCCGGGGAGAAUCAAACCCCUGAGUGGGCUAUGCGACUAAGAGUUGCCUUAUAUAUAGCUGAAGCACUUGAUUAUUGCAGCAGGGAAGGUCGUCCGCUCUACCAUGACUUGAAUGCAUAUAGGGUUCUAUUUGAUGAGAAUGGUGAUCCACGGCUUUCUUGUUUUGGGUUGAUGAAGAAUAGCAGGGAUGGCAAGAGUUAUAGCACAAAUCUUGCAUAUACGCCUCCUGAGUAUCUUAGAAAUGGGAGGGUCACACAGGAAAGUGUUGUUUUCAGCUUUGGGACUGUCCUUUUGGAUCUGCUUAGUGGAAAGCAUAUUCCUCCAAGUCACGCGCUGGACAUGAUACGGGGCAAAAAUAUCCUUCUUUUAAUGGAUUCCCAUUUGGAGGGAAAUUUCUCUACCGAAGAGGCUACAGUAGUUUUCGAUCUUGCCUCACAGUGUUUGCAUGAUGUGCUCUUUCUAAUUUUUUUUAUUCUCCACGCUGUUGUAGAUGGGCACAAUCAGGUUCCAUCUCAUGUGAUGCUGGGAAUUUCAAAGCGGGAAGAAGGACCUCCACCCCCGCCACCUCAUCCGCUCUCCCCAAUGGGCGAUGCGUGUUCGCGUAUGGAUCUCACUGCUAUCCAUCAGUUUCUAGUCAUGCAACACUAUAAAGAUGACGAGGGAACCAAUGAGUUAUCUUUCCAAGAAUGGACUCAGCAAAUGAGAGAUAUGCUGGACGCAAGGAAGAGAGGUGACUUGGCAUUUCGCGACAAAGAUUUUAAAACUGCCAUCGACUGCUACUCUCAGUUCAUAGAUGUGGGGACCAUGAUAUCACCGACUGUCCAUGCCCGGCGAAGCCUCUGCUAUCUGAUGUGUGACCAGCCAGACGCUGCCUUGCGUGAUGCCAUGCAAGCACAAUGCAUCUAUGCAGAUUGGUCAACUGCCUUCUACAUGCAGGCUGUGGCCCUUGCCAAGCUCGACAUGCACAAAGACGCAGCUGACAUGCUCAAUGAGGCCGCCAUGCUCGAAGAAAAGAAGAAUCGAGCCACUAAGGGGACGUGAAGUGAACUCUCCUUCACUGGAUCUCACUUUGCUGCACAGUUUGUAUGCCAAAAUGUACAAUAUAUAACUGGGGGAAGCAGAGUUAUUACAUACACACUUAUAUUCACUUUUUUUUUGUUUGAGUAGAAUGGGUGAUGCUUUUCAUUUUCUGUCAGCUGAGAAUGUGGAAUAAUGUUUUUACAAACGGCUAUGUAUUUAAUUAAACUUUAAUUGUACANUUGGUUCUUUU